AUGAUACUUAUUAACUUAAUUUUAUGUUUAGUGACUAUUGUUACUGCAGGUCCAGCGACCGAAAUGUAUAAAAAUCAAUAUUGCACGGACCCUAGAACUAUGAAGAAACAUGCUGCGUACACAGAAUGGGCUGAUGCAUAUUCUUGCACGAGGCACAGGUGCCAACCCGGUGGACGAAACUUGGCUAUCUACACUGUAGGUUGCAAGCGUGUAGAACCACCGGAAUCUGCCAUCGAGUGCGAAGAAGUUGUAGAAGAUACUAAUAUGCAAUUCCCGUAUUGCUGCACGCGUCUCAGAUGUUUGGUAGUAGUACGAGGAGAGGUUUGGACUCGUGUGUUAGGUCAACCUUGGGAGACACUUCCUGCGGCGCCAUGGAGUCACAUGUACAAGAAGAAGAAACCCCCACCCACUGACAGCAGUUUUCUUCCAAAGAUCGGUGAGGGUCCCAUAUUUGAGCUGGCCACGGAGUCCGAAGCUAGCGCCAACAAAAUGCUCAGGGCGUCAAAUAAGGUGACCACUGUCAACCCAGACUGUAAAGACAUGGUGCCGAGGGCGAAUCAAACACCGGACAUAGUCAUUGCGCUGUCUACGAACAAGGAUGAAAAAGAACCAAAAAGGAAAUCAGAAAUGAUAAGAAAAAAACGAGUGAGGAAAACCAAUUCACCUUCAUUUCCAAGACAGGACGUAGAGGAAGAAGCUCAGGAAAUACAUAAUGACGUAGAAUUUGAAGAACCUCCAUCUACUACUGAAAAACCUCCAGAAGGAUCAGAUGAAAAGUAUUAUGCAAAUGCUUUUGGAGUAACGCAAAAACUACCAUCGAAGCCGGGUAAAUCACAUCAAAUAACCUGGACUGAAAUUCCACCCAGCCAGUGGAACGAACACGAUCCAUCUAUGGAUGCCGAAGCACCGCGGGAACCAAACAUCUAUCACCAGACCGAAUUCCAAUCAGAUGUGGAGAAGAAAGAAGAGAAACCUUCAAAUCUCCAAGCGUUAGUUGAUGCAAUCGGAAGUAGGAUGCGUGACAUCGAGAACGUGGUACAGAGGAUGAGCCAGAAAGUCCAACACGCUAAACCCGAACAACCGGAGUUUGGUAGCAGCGUAGCCAGUAUAGAAAAAAGAUCCGACAGUGAACGGCAAACACGUAAUCAUUUAACCAUAGAACCCAAAGAGCGUGAAAAUGAGAUUAUCGUUUCUAAGCCAAAAUAUUCCAGUCCAGACGAUGAACAUCACAAACGAGGCAGUAAGCGUCAACGCGGUACAACAGAAGCCACCAGUGAGCAACCUCUCUUUGUAGACGACAGCAACAUAAAUGGAUACUUCAGUGACGCCAGUAACAGUAUUCUUAGAAGGGGUGGUGAACCGAAAGAACCUGUGGCGACGUACAUGGCACCAGUAGAAACACAACCUAAAACACCUGUUCACACAAUCGUAGAAAACUCUGAGGAAGAAGAAAAGACAAAGAAAAAGAAGCGCAUGCAUAAGAAGAAAAAAGGUAAAGGUCAUAAGAAGCAUCACGGCAAGGCAGAAAAUAAAAAGAAAUUCAAUCGCCUUAAUUCAGUGGAAAUAGAAAAGAAAAUGGUAUCUCUUGAAGACAGUAGUUCAAAUGUUGCUCAAUAG